UUACUCAACCGCCCCUUAUUAUUCCUCCCCUUCCACGUCUAUCCAUUUCUUUUUAAUCUUCGUCUUCAUUUUAACUCUCUCUCUCUCUCUCUCUCCUCUCUCAGGUACUUCUCUCUCUAAAAUUUCUUCUUCCUUUUCCCCAUGACCGAACUCCUUUCUUUUCUUCACAAUUCGAACUGAACUCAUCAAUUUUUCAAAAUUAAUUUUGAUUUUCAGACCGCGUCGUUCCCCUACGAAUAACAUCGGCCGAGUCGAGUUCAUUUCUCGUUUCUGAAUCUUUGAAUUUCUUGCUUCCUUUUCCUUAACCAUUGCGGCGGUUUAAUUUAUUGAUAGGAAAAUAUAUAUAUAUGGCGGAUCAUCAAAGAGACGGAGGAGAAAACUACUUCGCCUUCCAUCAAAACAAGGAAGUAACAGAAGGAAGAAGUGGGAAUAGAUAUGGAGGACUUGCCCCAAAAAAGAAGCCAUUGAUUUCAAAGGAUCAUGAACGUGCUUUCUUUGAUUCCGCAGACUGGGCCUUGUGCAAGCAAGGAGCAGGGCUCUAUAACAAUGUGGCCGUUGAAAAACUACAGCCUAAACUUCAGAGGACCCCAAAGCCACAGCUUCCACCAAGGAGGCCAAUCUGUACAUCCGAGAAGGGCAAUAUCGUAGAACUAAUAGAGAAUUAAAAGGCCAUUGUGAAGAAAUCUAAGAGGAAAAGGUCUAUGGAAGGAUUCAUUUAAUUGUGCAAUUUUUAGCAGCUAAAUUAAUUCCAAGACCACUCCUUUUUUUUUUUUUAAUAUAUAUAUAUAUAUAUCUAAAUAUAUAUUAAAUGAAGAUUGUUGAAAUUAUUUGUGUUAUUGAAAUUAAAUUCGACUUGUGGAUAAA